ACUUUUAUCUGUAGUCUAUGGUUCAGGUGCGGAUAGAAAAGAAAAAUUUCAUGGUGUUGUGGGUGACACAUAUACGUAGAAAAAAUUUAGUUUAAGUUCAACACAUUGGCACCAACUGCAGGGAAAUGGAAUCAAUGGAAUAUGAGCUCGCUAGGAACCUUACUCUGUUGUUCUUCGUGGAACGCCUGCUCGACAAAGGCGAGCCGCGCACGUUGCACGAUCUUUCCUGCCAGUUUGGUGCCAAAGGAUUCACCAAGGAGAUGCGACAGAUCGCUGGCGGGUCGCAGUCGGGCCUCAAGAAGUUCCUGGCUCAGUACCCGGCGUUGUUCAGCAUAGACGGGGACUAUGUUGAUAUCAACACGUUCCAGAAGCAUCUGAGCGGGGCUGGCGCCUCCUCCAACAACGACUACAUCGAGGAAGCGAAGGAGUACUUCGCGGGCAAGAUGGUGCAGUACGGCGAGGGCACCGAGGUGCCCAUCAAGAGCCUGCUCGGGCACAGGAGCCAGGCCUCCCCGCAGGUGCGUCACAUCUCCGGUCAGAGGAUCAAGGAGUUCAAGGACUUCCUGCUGAAGCAUCCGGACACCUUCCAGAUCAUCGAUGACAACGUCGUUCUAGUCAGUGAGAAUCAUAGGAGAGGUAACGCACACACAAAUUCUGAACAAUUCCACAAUCUACCUGUAGCUAAUAUAAACACAGACACUGCCCAGCAGUUGCUAGACUAUGUUGCACAGUGCAUAGAGGCUAAGGGCCCCGUCAUGGUCGACCAGCUCUUCCACUUAAUAGUGUCCCGUUUUCCACAAGAAUACUGGUAUCAAAUGUUCAAGUCCCCGGCAGAUUUGAGCGCGUUCUUAAAAAUAUUUUCAGACUCAUUCCAUGUUCAGUCGAACCUGGUCACACUAAUUAGUAAACCAAAAAUACCUGUUAUGUAUCUUAAUGCAAAAGCUAAAGCAAAGACUGAUGUACCAAAGCCUGUGGUCGAGGAAAAGCCCGCAUCCCCGAUUCCCCUCACAGUCGAGAGUCCCACUCCAUCAGAUGGCAAAAAGAGCCCCGCAAACAGAAUACUCAGUCCUAUUGAAUCUCCCCGAGGACCUCAAGCUAAUAUUGCGAACCAGACUCUGAAGCAAAGAAUCAAUUCCAUUGUCAUAAAGAAUUUGGCAGAGAACAUGGUGCGUGACAGAGUCAAUAAUCAUCUGAAUGCGCGAAGUGCUGAAGAAACAAAUGGUACUCCGAGCCUAAGGAAUAAUCUGAUGGGUGAGGCGUGGCGUCAGAAGGUGCUCCAGUGCACAACCGUCAUAGCUAAUGUAAGGGAAUGUGCCACGCUCAUUGAAAGCAUUAUGGUGCCUAAACGCAAUGCUAAGAAUAUUGUAUCCUUUGACUGCGAAGGAAUAAACCUUGGCCUCAAAGGAGUUUUGACGUUGUGUCAAAUAGCCACCAUGAAUGGUGAAGUGUACAUAUUAGAUAUAAUGGCAUGCCCCGGCAUGGUUGUGGAGGGUAAAAUUAAGGAAUUAUUAGAGAGCGAAAAUGUAGUUAAAAUUAUACAUGACUGCAGGAAUGACUCAGUCAAUUUACACAAUCAGUUCGAGAUUGUUUUGAAGAAUGUUUUUGAUACACAGGCUGCUCAUGCUGUGUUGCAGUUGCAACAACAGGGUGUGCCUGUUUACAAAGUCAAGAAUUUAAGCCUGAAUGCCUUAUGUGAAUUGUAUAAUGCACCCAUGAACCCCAUGAAGGAACAGUUGAAGAAUGUAUACCGCAGGGACCAACGCUAUUGGGCAAGAAGACCUCUGACAAAAGAUAUGAUAAUCUACUCUGCUUCAGAUGUCCUGUCUUUAGUAAAUCCAGCAAUAUAUGCAUACAUGUCCAGCAACAUCAAACCAGAGAAUCAGCAGCUAUUUGAGGAACUGAGCAAUGAGCAAGUAUUCAUGCACAUUCAACCAACUGAAGUUAAAUUGCGUAAGAGACAGCGCAAAAUAAACACAGAAGUUGGUGAGCUGAAGCAGAAAUUGGCUGAAACAACCAAAAACAUUGUAUUGAGCAACAGGGAAAUUAGACUGCUCAGAUACAUUGAACUCACAGAAGAGGAGAAAGAGAAACUGAAGGGCUGUCACAAAAUCUCCAAGAAAUUGGAGAAACUUGAAGCUAUUGGGCAUGACAAGGACUCUGAUUCAGAUGAUGAUGAAAGGGAAAAUGAAAUGGCCAGCUUAGAGUCAAACCCUUCUGAUCCCAUAUCAUCCCCACACUCCACACAGCCACCAAGUCUUACAGAAUCCAUGCAGAUGAUGGACGAAAUCUUAUCAGACACAAAUAUGGAUAAGGUAGAAAAGAUUAAUCGCUUGGAAGCUAUUCUGUCGGCUGUCGCCCCCCUCAGUGGAGAGUUGGAGGAUAAAUUCUCACAAACAAUGGAACAAACACUGCCAUUGCUCAAAAACAAGGAUUGGUCCAAUCUAAGCCAAAUUUUGAACUUAGGUGAGCCAGAUAGGAAAAGCUGUAGCUGCAGCUGCAGAUGCCAUAAUUCCAAUACUUAUGAUGAAGUUAAGUGCAAUGAUCUCAAUGAAACUAAGAAAACUGAGGUUGGAUCGCAAACUCUUAGCACGGGGGACAUUGUCAUCACGCGUAUUCACUUCAGGGAGGAGGACAAAGCCAACGAGAGGAUCCUGGACGCGUCUCCUCUGAGCAAGAGGGUGGGCAUCAACAACAUGUCUUGAUCGACACUCAGGAUGUUAUUGUACUUCCAUUUUCUGAGUGCCACAGUUUAAUUUUCGGAACUGUUUAUGUAUGUGAUCAUUUUAUAUAUUUUUUUAAGUUCUAUAGUAUUUUGUCAGACCCCCGCGCCUAUGAAAUCACUUAUUGCUAUGAACUAGUUGCGCGGGGGUAUGAUAGCGGUGCGACUGUGCGAGAUAGAAUAAAUUAAGCGUGUUGUGAGGUCGUGCAUUGCCAAGUGUAAAGACGCCUACGCUAUAUGUUCAUUUGAGCGGAGACGAGCGCGUACACUCGAAUAAAUGCAACAGUAAUUCGCAUAAUACAACGGCUACUUAAUUCCUUCAUCUGGAAAUGACAGUAUUUGCUGUUUUUACAAGUUUAUAGUAAUUUAUUUUAUGUUGGCUAUUGCCUGUUAAGUAUCCCAAACUUAAAUGUGAUAGAUUUCAAGGCCUUUUUUCUCGAUUCACUCUGAAUUGUAAAUAAGAUAAAUCUUUGAUAAGCAUGCAUAAUCUUUUCAAAUCUUGCGAAUCACGAUAUGAUCGAGUGUCUUUCCGUUAUCUUAGUAAGUGUAUAUACCUAUUUAUUUAUUUAUACGCUAUGUUUAGUAGCAACGACACUACUGAACUUAUAUCGAAAUGGGCAAUAAUAGGUGUAUACAAUAAGUCUUUUUUUAUUAGUGUAAAAUAUUUAUAAAUCGUUAGAUUUACUGGUAGAUAAUUAUAAUCACGUUUAAAAAAAUUUUAAAAAGUGGUAUAGGGUUAGUGUUACUGAAAGAGAUGUUUUAUCGUAGUGUGAGGUGCUUGGAGAAAUUGAUUUAAACUUUGUUUCACGUAGAAUGUUAUAGAGACGUACGGUAGAUCGCGUUUGUUACGUAGAUAUGCAAAUUAACGUUAUAACGAACUUGUGAUGAGUAACCACCAAGGUUAUAUCUCUUAACUUUUGUUUAAAAAAUGUGCCUUCGAGUCAUAUCCGACGAAUGCCUUUAUAAUCAAUUAAUAUAUGGAUUAGUAGGUUUUUAUACAUAUUUAGUAGUAUUUCUGUAACACGAUGUUUAGAUGAAAUUAAUUGUUGUUUGUUAAUAACACUUGGUAUACAAGAUUUAUAUUAUGAACUAAACUUACCACUGAAACACUAACUAGAUAGGUAGUUCUCAGAAUCUAUUAAUGUUUUCGUCUUCUACCCACGUUCGGGAUUAACGAAAAGCUUCGUAAUAGAAUAAACGAAAAUAUUUCUAAACAUGUUGAAUUCAUUCGAAUAGUUUAUUUUUGUGUUAUGGUUAAGUAGAAAUGUGUUAAAUAUUAAGUGAUACUUUAAAUGCUUUUUGCUUUUUUGUAUUAGCAAAACUGUUGCUUUGUUGUACCUUACUUUCUACACUGAACAAAAAGCUGUAUGCUAGUGUAUGCAUGCCACUACAAUAGUCUUCCUGCUCUCGUAUGAAAACGCAAUAUGGUGUGAUAAAUAACAUAGAUACCUAAGUAUUAUUAGUUAGGAAUAUACAGAACAUAUCCAUUUUGAAAGAGUUAUUGAUUUUAUCAUUGUAUUGUACGGUUUAGCUAGAUAAUGUCCUGGAUUUCAUGGUACGAUGUUUGCGCUAUGAAUUCAGUAUCAUGAACUGGCUCGUGGCAUGUUUACAGUAUAGCAUAUUAUCGUUGUUUACAUGAGGCUUAACAAUUGGGUUGCGCCAUCCGACGGUAUGCGAUUACGCAUAUUAUAAGUGCAAUUUAAUACGUGAUAAUUUUGUAGCUUCAUUUGUAAUGUGGUAAUUACCACAUUUGUUAAUUGUUCAAACGACAGAUCGCUCUCUCAAUGCAAUUUGCCAAUCCAAUAUCGCUAGGCCUCAUAAAUAGGGCCACAUUUAUGAACCGGUGUAGAUACUCCCAUCAUGUAUUAUUUCAUCAGUAUUGUUGUAUCCUUUAUUUUGAGAAAUCAACGCGGUAAAUUAUUAGCAAAUGCAAAGAUGUCCACUGUUUGCAUUUGCCGUCACUGUUAUACUCAAAUUACCUCCUUUUUAUUUUGUAUCAAAUUUUUUAUUAGGCACUUGUGUAAGCUUAAUGAAUUGUAUUUUUAAAAGUAUUUCGGCCAUAUAUUUGUUGUUCGGCGUUUGAAACUUUACCUACAUUUUGUGCCUUAUAUUAGCACAAUUUCGAAAAUAAUUACUUAAUCUGUGUUCCCACACAUUUGUAUGGUUUUGUAGAAUGUUUAUCAGUGCCACUAAUAUUUUUUGUACUAUUUGUAAGUAGCAUUUUGUUAGUCAAUAUAAGCGUAACCACUUUCAGUUAUUUUUGUAACUUUAAAAAAUUAGAAACUUUUAUUUACCCUACUUACUGAGAGUAUAAUUGCUUACGACGAGAAAGUCGGUAAAUAUUGUAAUGUGGCAAAUUGACGGUUAACUAAUUUGCGCAUUGUUUAUGUUUAUUAUGAAAUAAAAAGUUGUAAAAUAA